AUGUCGCGAAGUAACAAGCUCGCGCCCGAGGCAAAUCGGAUCCUCUUUGUUAAAAACCUUGCGUACGAUAUCGACACCCCUGCCCUCUUCGAUCUCUUUGGGAAAUUCGGUCCCGUACGCCAGAUUCGCUUAGGUACAUCGAAUACUACAAAAGGCACAGCCUUUGUGGUCUAUGAAGACGUCUUGGACGCGAAACAAGCGUGCGAUAAGCUGAACGGGUUCAACUUUCGAAACCGGUAUCUGGUCGUGCUAUACCAUCAGCCGGAGAAAAUGAAGAUGGAGGUCAAGGAGGACAUUGUGAUGAGGCAGGCAAAUCUGGAGAGGAUGAAAAAAGAGCAUGGCAUCGAGUAA